AUGACUGAUGACUCUCUGAAAUACCCACCUGACAUUCAAAAAUUGUUUCAACCGAAGCCACCUAUAGUACACAUUCCACCAACAGAUUAUCCACCCGAAAAACGCUCGACAUUAUCCAUAUCCCCAGUAUCUAAUUACAAAAGCUUUAUUAAAAAGUACGUGGAUAAUGAAUUACCCCAACGAGAGUCUCGUGUUCAAAAAACAGCAAUGUCAAAGCACAGGCAAAAGCUUCUAUUGGCCAACGAUAGAAGGAAAAAGCAAAGUGAUUCCUUCAAUCGUCAAAUGCGAGAUUGGAAUGAUCCCGAAUUGCUUGCCAAGAAUGAAAAUGAAGUCAUGAAGGAUCCUUACAAAACUGUAUUCAUAGCGCGGUUAGACUAUACUUUGACAGAACUCGAUAUAUCGCAAUAUUUUCGAAAAUAUGGUGUUAUUGAUUCGAUUCUGAUAAUUCGCGACCAUAAUGGGAGAAGCAGAGGGUACGGCUUCAUUGUUUUUGAGCGAGAAGCUGAUGCACAAGCAUGCAUUUCCGAGUUGUCUCGAACUGGAGUGAAAAUGAAAGAGAGAACCAUUUUGGUAGAUGUCGAAAGAAGCAGAGUAUGGCGAAAUUGGAAGCCAAGAAGAUUGGGUGGUGGGUUAGGUGGUAGGGACUACGUUAAGGAGGGGAGAGUAGCCUCUGCUGCCGCAAGUGGAAGGCGAAUACACAUUGCUAAUAGCUCGACGCUGCAUUAUAAAUCAGAUAACUCCCAUAAGCUGGGCUCUCAUCCUCAUUAUAACGUUACCACCCACACUCGUCCAAUAGCGAUGCCACCGCCAGCAAAAUACGAGCCCAUCAGUGCGCCAAAACCAUAUAGUUACACUUCUGGUCAAACCUCAUCAGGAAGGUCCAUUAGAAGCAUUAGAGGAGGGGAAUAA